GAAGACGAACAACCCUAGGAAAAGAGAAGGGAAAGGAAAGGAAAGGAAAGAAAAGAGAAAGGAAAGGAACUCGCGCGUGUGUGUUCGCGGUUGAAAUCGUGAUGUAUGGUAGAUUGUCUCUGACUGGGUCCGUGACUCUGAUUACGAGUUUUGACUGUCCAAAAAGCGUCGGAGCUCUGUAGAAAAAUGGGUACUUUACCUCUUUAUCGCUUCUUAAUCACCGCAACUACCACCACCGCUAAAGAAGAUAUAGGACAUGGUCGUCGUCUACGUUCCAGCGACUACUACUACUGCGCUUCCAUCUUAUCAUAACCCAUGAUGAUAUAUUAUUAUCUAUCAGUACUGCUCUGCUAUUCAUCCUCUGUUUUUGUGAUUCAUAUUCUUAACCAGCCCUUCAUUACCGACUCUCACAAUCUCACAAGGUGGGGCGUGAGAGAUUAGUUGAGUGACGUCAACUGGGGCAAUAUUUAUGCCCUGAUAUGGGGUAUCCUGAUUGGAUGGUAAGGACGCUGCUCAGGUGGUCACAAUAGGAAAGUCAAGUGUUUAUGGAAGCUUGUGUUUCUGGUCGGGGUGGGGGUUGAGGUGGCAAUAGGCAUCUGAGACGUCAUCUGUCCAGCACAUGUCGGAGCUCUAAAAAAGGAAGGAAUCUAAACAACUGGAACAUUAUUUGUCUAUCGCUUAUUACCACCGCCAGUACCAGUACUAGUUCUUUUGCCCAUAGGCUGACUCUGACACGUGCACAUACGCAGAGAGUAAAGACUGGGCAUCACAUUUGUCAUCAUAAAAGCAAAAGUCGUCUCUAUCCAAUGAGUUGGGUGCAAUUUUUUUUCUGUCAUAGCUGAUGAUAUAAAUACAUAUAGCAACCUAAAUCAACAGUGCUGACACAAGCCCCUUAUUCUUCUGUGCUUCUAUUCUACUGCUUCUUUAGUUGUUGCCUUACCCACCGUCUGACAAGGACCAAAUUCUAGACCUCGAAGCUGUUUUGCAGGCCUACCUUGUUGGAAAUGCUCGACUCAGACGUGAGCUUUUCAUGAUUCUCGGAUAGUUCGAGUGUUCAUUCACAUCUCUACUAUCAAUCUUGAUCAGUAUAAAAGUAUUGGAGUUUGUUAUAAUAUUACUUGGUGAGGAGCAAUAACCCUUGUGGAAGAACGAAAAAGUAAAAGCAAAAGGAAAAAGAAGGUUGAUUGGUCAGUUUUGCAAUACAUUCUGUACCUUAGGACUGAUUAGCACUUAUUUAGGGUUUCAAGAUCCGUUUAAUAAAAAAUGGCUGCAAAUCAAGUCUCCAUUGAUGUUCAUGAUCAUGGUAUAGUUGUCGAUCGGAAAAGGGGGAAAGUUAAAUGCAAUUAUUGUGGUAAAGUUAUGAGUAGUGGGUUCUCACGCCUUCGUUACCAUUUAGGAGGCGUAAAGGGAGAUGUAUCUCCUUGUAUGGAGGUUCCUGCAGACGUGAAGGAACUAAUGAGAAACCAGCUACUUGAAUCGAAACGAGGAAACUUGAGCGAGGAAAUUGGGGAGCUCCGCCACCCAAAUCUUCCUUGGAAGAGGAAUUGGUCUCCUCACUCAAAUGGUGAUGGUAAUAUGUUGGAAACCACUCAAACAGCUAGGUGUGGGAGCAAAAAGCGGGCUAAGGUGAACUCUACAUCAAAAAGCAGUGAGAUGGCAUCUGUUUCUUUUUCUGAGGGAAAUAUAGGUUCCCUAGCAGCCACCAAUGCAAUUGAAAGUCCAUUGUCACGGGAAGCUCAAAAAUGCAUUGGUAGAUUCCUUUAUGAAUCUGGCAUUGAUUUUAAUGUGGUGAAAUCUCCUAGCUUCCAAAAAAUGAUUAACGCCACCCUAGCUUGUGGUAAAGCUGGAUGUAAGAUCCCCACUCCUCAGGGUUUGAAAGGGUGGAUCCUUCAGGAGGAAGUAAUAGACAUGCAGCGGUAUGUGAAGGAGAUCAGAGAUUCUUGGAAAAGCACUGGAUGCAGCGUCCUAUUGGACGGAUGGAUCGAUGGGCAGGGUCGAAACCUGAUCAAUGUUCUAGUGGAUUGCCCAAAAGGCCCUAUAUAUCUUAGGUCAUUUGAUAUUUCAGCCUAUGUUGGAAAUGUUGAUGCCUUCCUGUUGUUUCUUGAUGAAGUUAUUGGGGAGGUUGGGGUUGAGAAUGUGGUACAAAUUGUUUCAUAUUCUGCAUCAGAUUGGAUGGAGGCCGCAGGUAAGCAAUUUAUGGAGAAACAAAGGACAAUCUUUUGGACAGUGAGUGCAUCUCAUUGUAUAGCACUGAUGUUAGAUAAUAUUGGAGCCAUGGCUCUUAUUAAAGGGGUAUUGGAGGACACCAAAAUAAUUACAAAGUUCAUCUACAGUCAUGCCGCAGUUUUAGAGCUUCUAAGAUAUCAUACUGAUGGGUGUGACCUAAUUAUGCCCUCCAAGAUUAGGUCAGCGAUGCCCUUCUUGACUCUAGAGAAUAUUGUGGUAGAGAAGACGAACCUAAAGAAAAUGUUUGUCUCUUCUAAGUGGAAUACCUCAAUCUGGGCUUCUAGCAUGGAGGGGAAAAGAGUAGCUAAUUUAGUGGCAGGCAGCUCUUUCUGGUCUGGAGCCACAAUGGUUUUGACGGCAACUAUCCCACUGGUGCGUGUUUUGGAAUUAAUAAAUGAGGAUGACAAGCCAAAACUUUGUUUAAUAUAUGAAACAAUGGAUCAAGCUAAGGAAACAAUUAAAGAGGGAUUUAGAAACAAGGAAGAGAAGUACAUGCCGUUCUGGGAAGUAAUUGAUGAGAUUUGGAACCAGCAUCUCCACAGUCCUCUUCAUUCUGCUGGUUACUAUUUGAACCCAGUUCUUACUUAUUCAAGUGAUUUCUCCGUUGAUGUUGAGGUUUCCGGUGGCCUAUUGUGCACCAUUGUCCAUAUGGUGGAAGAUAAACAUGUUCAGGAUCUGGUUAUGUUACAAAUUGAUGAAUAUCGAAAGGCUAAGGGUGCCUUUGGUGAAGGAUGUGCCAUUGAUCAACGAUUGAAUGUUCCUCCAGCUGAUUGGUGGUCCUACCAUGGAGGAGAAUGUCGUGAACUGCAGAGAGUGGCCAUUCGAGUGCAAGGCCAGACAUGUGAUGGUGCUUUAAAAUAUGGGCUCAAGAGGACAUUAGCCGAGAAGCUGCUCACAAAUGGAAGGAAUCGUAUCGAGCAAAAACGAUUGACUGAUCUGAUAUUUGUUAAUUAUAAUAUGCAGUUGCGUAACUUCAAGUUGGGUCUUAGUGACGGCAUGGCGAUUGAAGAAAUUGACCCAAUGGAUGAUUGGAUUGUUGAUGAAUCAACGUGCAUGGAUGUGGAUGUGGAUGGUGGAGAUGCAACCACCACCUGUGGAGGGGCUAUUAAUGUAGCAGGGCCUUCUACUUUACAUAUAAAACAGGAGGAGCCAAGUGAGUAGAUAUUUUUAAAAGAAAGUGGAAAAGGGAAGGACUUAAACUAAUCUUUCAUGAGCUCACUCAGUUCUUCGUUUACACACACACAUUGUUUUACAUUCAAUGACAAAGAUGAUCAUACUUUUUGUUUCGGUAGUGAUAACAUUUUUGAUACGAAUAUUCGGUAACACCUGCUGCAGAAUUGGGUCGGAUAGCUUGUUUCGAUCCAGAAGGAUUGAUCUUGAUAAAUUCCUCAGAAGAAAUGUUGAGUUAUUAUUAUUAUUAUUAUUUGGGUAAAGUGCAAAUAAUCCCCCUGGAGUAUUGGCCAUGUGCAAUUAAUCCCUCUGAACUACAAUUUGCCUCCUUGAACUAUUAAAUUUUUGCAAUUAAUCCCCUGAUGUGACAUAUCUGGCCAAUUGGUUAUAACGGAAAUAGUGAAAGACAAUUUUAACCCCCCUAGGAAAGUGCUACACUUGUAGCCAAACAGGCCUAAUUUUGCUUUCCUCUUUCUUUGGUUAUAUAUAGAGAUAAAUAUAUCAUAUAUAUAUAUAUAUAGAGAGAGAGAGAGAGAAUUAACGCUGGAGACCACAGCUUCACAACGCCGAAAAUUAGAGACUGUUCCGGCGAUGUACGAGUAGUGAGUUCACUCCACCGUCCUCUCCACCGCCGACCGCCACCAUUCGAAGCCAAGCUCGUAGCCGUUCAGUCCCGCUGACUGCCAUCAAACCCAAUCACGGCCGAGCUUCUUUAUAAUAGCCCAUCACCGGAAUCGUGACUUCUUUAGUCGCUGAUUUGCUGCCGUCCUGAACCAGCCGUCUCCAGGCCGAGCACAUCGCCGCAAGCUCACCGUCGAGCUUCGCCUCAUCCGUCGCCCUCCCCGUUUUGAGCUCACCGCCGCCUCCAUCACAACCGACACCAUCAAAGCCAAGCUAGCCGCCGCGAGUUCACCAUCACAGCUCGCUGCUCACCGCCCCAAGCUCUCCACGGCUGAGCCAACAGCCAAGCUCUCUACGACCGACCGAUUCUUGCCCGCCGUCCAUCUCCACCAACAGCCAAGGAAUUCUAGGGCACAAUGAUUUAGAAAUUUUCAAUUUUGUUUAUAUUUUAUACAAUUGACAGUGUUUUAUGUUUUCAUGUGUCCAUGGAGGAGUGAAUUUUUUUGGAAAUUUCUCAAUUUAGGGUUAUAAAUUUGAUUUGUCUUCAAGAAUUUCCUUCAAA